CGUACGGAAUCUUGUGAACUCAGUCGUGCAGACGUUUCGUUGCCGAGCAGAGGUCUCGCUCUCUCUCUCGCAUUCAGAUUAUUUGGCCAAACAGACGUUGUUUGCGUUUAUUACUUGAAUUAUCGUUUCAUGUGACUAGAAUUCCUUCACAAGCACAACAAGAAAAUGGCAACCAGAUGGGGAAUCGCGAGCGCCGGAAAGAUAUCCCACGACUUUGCCACCGCCCUGGGAACUCUGCCGAAAUCCGAGCACGAACUGGUAGCCGUGGCGGCCCGCGAUUUGUCGAGAGCCAAGGAUUUCGCGGAGCUCCACGGCGCGCGCACCGCCUACGGCUCCUACGAGGAGCUGGCCAACGACAAGAGCGUCGAAAUCGUGUACAUCGGCAGCCUGAAUCCGACCCACUUGGAAAUCGGUAAGAUGAUGCUGGGCGCGGGCAAGCACGUGCUGUGCGAGAAACCAAUGGCGAUGAACCUGAAGCAGACCAAGGAGUUGGUCGGGUUGGCGAAAGAGAAGAGCUUGUUUCUGAUGGAGGCCAUUUGGAGCCGGUGUUUCCCGGCUUACGACACCCUGAGACGAGAAAUAGCCGAGAAGAGCAUCGGCGACGUCAAACAGGUGAUCGUCUCUUUCGGGUUCAAUCUCAGAGACAUCGACCGGUUAAACCAAAAGAAACUAGGGGGCGGCACCGUCCUCGAUCUCGGCGUGUACGCGAUCCAAUUGGCCUGUUUGGUGUACGGCCACGAAAAGCCGGUGUCCGUGAAAGCCGGCGGUGUUUUGAACGGCGAAGGGGUGGACAGCUCGAUGUCGGCGACGUUGAUCUACAGCAGUGGUCGAACCGCGACGCUCGUAACACACUCCGAGGUCGAGCUGCCGAACGAAGCGCUGAUCGUUGGUACCAAAGGGACGAUUCGGAUGCCUCGGUUCUGGUGUCCGACGAGUAUCGUUUUGCCGAGCGGUACGGAGGAGGUGAAGCUCCCCGAGGCUAAGUUGAAGUUCAACUUCAUCAACAGCGCGGGCUUGGCUUACGAGGCAGCCGAGGCGAGGGAAUGCCUCAGAAAGGGUCUGAAGGAGAGCCCGAAGGUGACGCACGCCCACUCGCUCCUCAUUGCAGAGAUCGAGGACGAGAUCCGUAGACAGAUUGGCGUCUUCUACGACGUGGAUUAAUCAUUACGUUUAUAAUGAUGCGAUUUUUCAAUUGGCAAAUAUAUGCGGGUGUUGGUUUUUUACAAUGCAUUUUCCGCUACGAGUUGAAACUCAUUGGUUUUUUCUCACUUCGUAACUGUAGGAAUUGUACACGAUUAACGUUUGAUUGGAAAAAAAAAAAAAAAAAAAAAAGUU